AUGCUUUCUGCUAGACCAGCCAUCAGAGCAGCUGCUAGAUCAGCUCUAGCUGCUAACGUUGUUAGAGCUGCACCAAGAAUUGUGAGUAUCGCAUUGCACGCCGGUGACAGCAAAAUGUCCAUUCGCAACAUAUCCGAUUUUCGACGCCAAGGUGGCCAAUGGCCUCCGUGUGAUGGUCCAAUGGGCGCUAGACCUUUGUUUUCCGCUAGAUCGUAUGCCACCGCCAAGGCUGCCCCAACCGAGGUUUCCUCGAUCUUGGAAUCCAAGAUUAGAGGUGUUUCCGAUGAGGCCAACUUGGACGAGACCGGAAGAGUUCUUUCCGUUGGUGAUGGUAUUGCCAGAGUUUUCGGUUUGAACAACUGUCAAGCUGAAGAGUUGGUUGAGUUCGCCUCCGGUGUCAAGGGUAUGGCCUUGAACUUGGAGCCUGGCCAAGUCGGUAUUGUGUUGUUCGGUUCCGACAGAGAAGUCAAGGAGGGUGAAAUCGUUAAGAGAACCGGAAAGAUUGUUGAUGUUCCAGUCGGACCAGCUAUGUUGGGAAGAGUCGUCGACGCUUUGGGUAACCCAAUUGACGGUAAGGGACCAAUCGAAGCCGUUGGUUUCGCUAGAGCCCAGCUUAAGGCCCCAGGUAUCUUGCCAAGAAGAUCCGUUUACGAGCCAAUGCAAACUGGUUUGAAGGCUGUCGAUGCCCUUGUCCCAGUCGGAAGAGGUCAGAGAGAGUUGAUCAUUGGUGACAGACAAACCGGUAAGACUGCUGUUGCCCUUGACACCAUCUUGAACCAGAAGAGAUGGAACAGCGGUUCUGACGAGUCCAAGAAACUUUACUGUGUUUACGUUGCCGUUGGUCAAAAGAGAUCCACCGUUGCUCAAUUGGUGCAAACCUUGGAGCAAAACGAUGCUUUGCAAUACUCUAUCAUUGUUGCUGCCACUGCUUCUGAGGCUGCUCCAUUGCAAUACUUGGCUCCUUUCACUGCCUGUGCCAUCUCUGAGUGGUUCAGAGACAACGGAAAGCACGCUUUGAUCAUCUACGACGAUUUGUCCAAGCAGGCCGUUGCUUACCGUCAAUUGUCCCUUCUUCUGAGAAGACCUCCAGGAAGAGAGGCUUACCCAGGUGAUGUUUUCUACUUGCACUCUAGAUUGUUGGAGAGAGCUGCCAAGAUGUCCGAUGCUCUUGGAGGUGGUUCUUUGACUGCUUUGCCAAUCAUUGAGACCCAAGGUGGUGAUGUCUCUGCUUACAUUCCUACCAACGUCAUUUCCAUUACCGAUGGUCAAAUCUUCUUGGAGGCUGAAUUGUUCUACAAGGGUAUCAGACCAGCUAUCAACGUCGGUUUGUCUGUGUCGAGAGUCGGUUCUGCUGCCCAGGUUAAGGCCAUGAAGCAAGUUGCUGGUUCUUUGAAGUUGUUCUUGGCUCAAUACAGAGAAGUUGCUGCUUUCGCUCAAUUCGGUUCUGACCUUGAUGCCUCUACCAAGCAAACCUUGUCCAGAGGUGAGAGAUUGACCCAAUUGUUGAAGCAAAAGCAAUACUCUCCACUUGCUGCUGAGGAGCAAGUUCCAGUCAUCUACGCCGGUGUCAACGGUUACUUGGACAGUGUCCCACUUGACAAGAUUUCCGCUUUCGAGGAGCAAUUCGUUUCUUACUUGAAGGCCAACGAGGGUGAGAUCUUGGACGCUAUCAAGACCAAGGGAGAGCUUUCUUCCGACCUUUUGGCCAAGCUUAAGUCUGCCACCGAGACUUUCGUUGCCACUUUCUAA